CUCAUCCUCGACCUCGGCGACGUCCUCUUCAGCUGGUCCGCGGAGACGCGCACCUCAAUUCCCCCGCGGCAGCUCAAAGACAUCAUGAACGGCGCGACGUGGCACGAGUACGAACGCGGCCGCCUCUCGCAGGCGGAGGCCUACGCGCGCGUCGGGCGCGAGUUUUCCAUCUCCCCCGACGCGAUCGUCGAGGCGUUCAAGCAGGCGCGCGAGUCGCUCCGCCCGAACGAGGAGCUGCUCGCGCUCGUGCGCGAGCUCAAGGCGCGCUACGCCGGGCAGCUGCGCGUGUUCGCGCUCUCGAACAUCUCGCUCCCGGACUACGAGUUCAUCCUGGCGCUGCCGACGGACUGGUCGAUCUUCGACAAAGUGUUCGCGUCGGCGGUGAUCGGGGAGCGCAAGCCGGACCUCGCGGCGUACGAGAAGGUGCUGGCGGAGACGGGCAUCGACCCGGCGACGGCGGUGUUUGUGGAUGACAAGCUGGAGAACGUGGAGGCGGCGCGGUCGCUGGGCAUUCACGGG